CAGAGAUGAGAACAUGAACGUGGUGACGACAUAUUCCUGGGACAGGGACAUGAAUUUGUCAAGUGUGUUUUCAUAAGCUAUAUUUAUAUUUGAUCAUACUUUGAUGAAUUGAGGAACUGUCUGACACCAACAUGUCUCUGCUCAGAGCCAUCAGAUACAACACUCAAACGGUGUGUAGAAAUGUAAUCGCGCGGUCUUGGUCGAGUCUGACCGAUGGAGAGGAGCGAAUCACACAGGUGCUGAAGGAGAAGUUUCCUCACGCUUCGGCGCUCAAGGUUGUGGAUAUAUCAGGAGGCUGUGGUGCAAUGUACGAAAUACACAUCGAGUCUGACGAGUUUAGAGGAAAGAGAACAGUGCAACAGCAUCAGUUAGUCAAUCAGGCUCUUAAAGACGAGAUCAAAGCCAUGCACGGUCUCCGCAUAUUCACCGAUGUUCCUAGAAAGUAGGAUAUUCUCAGCGUCAUUCUCACAUCUGCCUACUCACUACAAUAAUGUAUCGCACGCAUCUGUCUGUCUCCUUUUGAGCAAAGUUAUCACAGUGGCAGGGAAAGAUAGAUUUUAUGAAUAAAAGCUGUAUAGUUACAAGGUAAGGUUCACGAACGCUGUAAACGCACAAAAUAAAAGAAUGUAAUGUUGUUUUUGCCUAUAAAUGAGAGUGUGCAAGAAGAAAAAAGGUGUGUGGAUUGUUUUAAUCUUCAGUUCAUUGUUUGCAUUGUGUACAAUUGCACUUGAAGUAGAUUUGUAAGUUAUGUUUGUUUUGUUGUUCUGUCAUUAGGUCUGUUGAUACAUUAAAUGAUGUCACUUCCCUUUCCCUGGCAAACUUGUCACACUAGAUUGAUUGUAUUCAGGGACAAGCAAACCAAUUAUUUAAUUGAUUCACUGCUUGUACUUUUUAAAUGACCAAAUCCGUAGGUUCUACAUAAACCAUUUUCACCACUA